AUGUCUGCUUCUCCUACUCAACCUACCCAGUCGGCCAAGCGCCCCUUGGAAGAAGCCUCAUCGCCUUCGCGCGCCGGCGAUCAGCCUGACGCUAAGCGUCCUGCUCUCGACAAAAGCAAGCACGACGACGAUGUCGAGGUUCCUGAAGCUCCGGCCGAUGUUUCUGCCGACGACCACGACGAUAAGGUCAAUGGGGCUGCCAAAUCUGAAGACGACGACGAAGCCGCCCUGGACCAAGCAUCCGACACCAAAGCUGCAGCUGCCGCGACUGUUGCUGCUUCCUCAUCGAAUGCCGUAACAUCUGCCGCCGCUCACGAUGAGACCUCCUGGAUUCAUAUUAGAGCUGUCAUCUCGAGCCCGGAGGCUGCUACAGUCAUUGGAAAGGGAGGCGAGAAUGUAUCCAACAUCAGGAAGCUCUCCAACGCCAAGUGCACUGUCAGUGACUACCAAAAGGGAGCUGUCGAGCGAAUCCUUACCGUCAGUGGAAUAGUAGACGCUGUGGCCAAGGCUUUCGGCUUGAUUAUCCGAACACUGAACAACGAACCCCUCAACGAAUCCUCGACCGCAUCUUCAAAGACGUAUCCUCUGCGGCUGCUGAUUCCACACAUUUUGAUCGGUUCCAUCAUUGGCAAGGGUGGUGCUCGUAUCCGUGAGAUUCAGGAUGCAUCUGGUGCCCGAUUGAAUGCGUCUGAUUCCUGUCUCCCCAUGUCCAGUGAGCGAUCUCUGGUCGUCAUGGGUGUCGCGGAUGCCGUGCACAUUGCAACCUACUAUGUCGGUAGCACCCUGCUCGAGCAGCUAAAUGAUAGAUUUGGUGGUCCUGCUGCGUCCGCAUACGCGACACGGAGCGGCGCCCCUGCUGGUUCAAUUCCAGGAGGCAUGCAGGUUGUUCCAUACUCUCCUCAGCCCGCCUCGGGUCACUACGGCCGAAGUGAGAAUUAUGGCCGCCACAACGACCGUCGCUCUCACCAUAUGCCACCCGCGCCUUACCCCCAACAGUACCCGCCACACGCAGCCGCUCAAGCUAACCCUGCCAUUCCCAUGCAUUACGGCGGUGCGCAAGGAGGAGGUGCCUAUGGUGCAGCUCCCCAUGCCCAGCCUCACAUGCCUCCUCACACAGGUCCUCAACCCCACGGCGGUGCUCCUCAGUCCCAGCCCAUGGGCGGCGCGAUCCCCGGUGGGCCUAUCACCCAGCAGAUUUACAUCCCGAACGACAUGGUCGGCGCGAUCAUCGGCAAGGGUGGCCAGAAGAUCAACGAGAUACGACAAAUGAGCAACAGUGUUAUUAAGAUUAACGAACCGCAAGAUAACAGCAACGAACGACUUGUGACAAUCACCGGAACGGAGGAAUGCAAUCGCAUGGCUCUUUACAUGCUCUACUCUCGACUUGGUGAGAUUCAAAACAGACCCAGUACCAACUAA